CAACGCGAUUGUAUGCUCUAUGCUGUGUGUGUGGAGUCCAUGGGUACAAGUUUGUGGCGGACACAAUUAUGAUAACUGAAGAUAUAUCAUCAAACGGGGAAGAACUCCCUCAUUUUGUACCCCCUGUUAUACAGGAUAAUCCAAAGGGAUGGGGUCCUUGCGAUCUUCCCGAUCAGUUCAAAGAUAUGCCGUAUCAACCAUUUUCGAAAGGGGAUCGCCUAGGCAAGAUAUCUGAUUGGACUGGUGCGGCUUUCCAAGACAAAAAAUACACUAACAAGUACCAGUCUCAGUUUGGAGGUGGCAGUCAGUAUGCGUAUUACCAUGAGGAAGAUGAAAGCACAUUUCAUCUGGUGGAUACAACUCGUGUGCAGAAGCCACCAUAUCAGCGUGGCAGAUUCCGGCAAAACCAGCGCAAUCUCCGGGGUCGUGGUGGUGCUAGAGGAGUUAUGCAAGGCCAGCUGCAGCUGCUUGGCAAAGGCUUGAAAAUGCGAGAUAGGAAUCAACGGGCACAGCGCAAAUGGCCAUUACGACAAGGUAUGCGGAACAGUAAGAAUCAGCCACCCAUAAAGAGUCGUGAUGCGUCUGUGACAGUACGUCCUGACUGGAUAACAAUUGAAGAGAUGGAUUUUCCACGAUUAGCAAAGCUUUCAUUGCCCAGUGUAAAGGAUGGUGAAGACAUAAUUUGUUGCGGUUCUCUGGAAUAUUAUGAUAAGGCAUAUGACAGAGUGAAUGUGAAGAAUGAAAAGCCAUUGCAGCGAAUUGACAGAAUUGCUCACACUGUAACAACAACAGAUGAUCCCAUCAUACGAAAAUUGUCGAAGACUGUUGGGAAUGUUUACGCCACCGAUGCUAUCUUGGCAACCAUAAUGUGUUGUACUAGGUCCAAUUACUCAUGGGAUAUUGUUAUCGAGAAGAUUGGAGACAAGCUGUUCUUUGACCGCAGAGACAACACAGAAUUUGAUCUGCUGACAGUGAAUGAGACUUCCGUAGAACCACCUCAAGAUGAUGGAAAUAGUCUAAAUUCUCCAAGAAACCUUGCUUUGGAAGCAACCUUCAUUAACCACAACUUUUCGCAACAAGUGCUGAAAACAGGUGAACCGCGGUAUAAAUUUGAAGAGACAAACCCAUUCAUCUCGGAGGAGGAGGCUGGAGAAGUGGCAUCAGUAGGCUACCGCUAUCGCAAAUGGGAUCUGGACAAUGGAAUUGUGCUGGUUGCUCGGUGUGAGCAUGAUGCUGUAAUGCAUGGCCCUAACGGAGAACUUCAGUUUCUGACAAUAAAGGCUCUAAAUGAAUGGGAUUCAAAGUUAUCAGGUGGUGUAGAGUGGCGCCAAAAGUUGGACACACAGAGAGGUGCUGUGCUUGCCAAUGAGUUAAGAAACAAUGCUUGUAAACUUGCCAAAUGGACAGUGCAGGCAUUGCUUGCGGGCUCUGACCAGAUUAAAUUUGGGUAUGUUUCUCGUGUGCACGUCCGUGAUUCGUCAAAGCAUGUAAUCCUGGGCACUCAACAGUAUAAACCUAAUGAGUUUGCAACACAGAUAACACUUAAUAUGGAUAACGCAUGGGGAAUAUUAAGGUGCAUAAUUGAUAUUUGUAUGAAACAAAAGGAUGGAAAGUACUUAAUUAUGAAAGAUCCGAACAAGCCAAUGAUUCGCUUGUACGACAUUCCUGACAACACAUUUGAGUCCGAGAAUGAAGAUGCGGAUGAGGAGGAAACAGAUAUUGAACAAAUUGUGAGUGGCCCAUGAAUGAAAAUUGGCUUUCAUUGAAACUUCCAACAAACUGAAGCACCUUAUUUCAGUGUGCUGCUUGAUUAUGACUAGAUAUUGAAUACAAUAAAGACUUUAUAAAUAACUA